AUUCGAAGCCACGACGUUCUACCGGCGAGUAAGCAUUCCACUGCAUCAGCUGAAAGUUCAAGCCACGACUGUGAAGCAACAAGCCAAAGCCGACCAAAAUGCCGGGGCCAGGAUGUGAUAAAUGCAAGAAUAAAUGCCAGGAUUGUAAGUGCGGUGACAACUGCUCGUGCUGCAAUUCCGGAUGCAAGGAUCCAUGUAACUGCAAGACACAGGGUGGAAAAUGUACAUGCAAGACUUGCACUUGUUAAUUAAUAAUCAUGUCAAGAAUAAUCCAUGUUGGAGGUGAUAAUAGAGCCCUAAUGCGCUUUAAUAAAUCCAGCAUAUGCGCAACAUUCUAAUACAUUACUAUCAAUGUAAAAUUUUAUGCUUAGUGAAAAUUAGAGAUGCGAAUUCUUCGCUUUUUUGUUAGAUAAACAAUCAAUGAAUUAAUAAAAUUUACUUUAAGUACA